AUGAUAACUCCUGUUGCUGCGAUAACGGCGCUCCACUCCCUGCUCACGACCACUCUUCCCAGAGAAUGGACCGACAAAUGCUUUCUUGCAUAUCUCGUGCUGAUAUCUAGGUCUCCUGAACGGGAUCAACGCUGGGUUUACGAUACAAACCAUGUGAUCAAGUCAUUGGAGCAGCGUGGAUAUCCAUCAUUCGGCCCAACGACUGCUCAAGCCGCUGUCCUAUGUCUUUGGAAAUUGAGCGCCCUCGCAAUCGAGAAGGGUGACUACAGACUUGCGGCGGGUUGGCUUCGCAUUUGCAACGAUCCCAAGAUUUCUGCGAACUGCAAUCAAGAUACCCGGUACCGUAUCGCGAGGAAAGCGUUGGCGUGCUAUGUGGAGAUUGGAAGCCUGGCCUCGGCCCGUGAUAUACUGAAUUACGGAUUGACCCAAGGUCCGUUUGACUGCAAGAGAGUGUACUUGGAGUACAGGCUGGCUAUGAUGGAGGGACAAGACCUCUCGGAUCCACCGGUCCCGAAAAAGCAGGCGUGUCUCCUCUCAUGCGCUUUGGCAGCUCAGCUGCAAAACAAACCAGAGGAGUUUAUGAGCUGUCUGGGGCAGUUGGUAAAGUGCUCACAUGCGGGAGGCAUUCACCAUCCGGGGUUUUCACCCGCUGAGCAUCAUAUGUUCUUGAUAUGCCUAGUGCUAAGUGAGCUGGCGAAGUACCGUAAUGACGAAUUCCACCUUCGCGUCAACGAAGUGCUGGCAAACGCACUGCAAUAUGCAAGAGAGUACAGUGGCUACGACGGUGGGGACCGUCAAGUCUGGAUCACACAGCUACAAUGGUUCUAUCAAGCAAGCUAUCGUGUGGCCGUGCAACUUGCCCACCACCAAAACGUUGAAGUGACUUUGCAGGCAUUGAGAUACUCGCAUGAGUUCACGCUCCUCUAUCGUCGAGUUGCCGGAAUUGAGGGCAGGCUUAAAGUGCCUCGCCCACACUUCUUCUUGAUUAACUUUGUCCGUCUCAUCACUUAUGCCGACGGAGCUCGAUUUUCCAGCGACCAGGAAAAGAAGAGAAGUUACUAUACGAGCCUGCGCGCAGUCUUCAAUACUUUGAGUACUUUGUUUGGUUGGGUAGAUGGACAAGAGGCCUCAACUGAGGCCUCGGCUUCCAUUGAAGAAAACCAGUAUUUCUUGGGAGCUUUUUUCAACUUUGAGGCUACUGUCCAGCUCGGUCUCUGGGAAGAACUGCGCGAAAUCUGCCGCAACCGUCAUAAAUUCCCUAAGACUCGGUAUUACCAUCAUAUGCUCGAUAUGAUUCUCCAACCCGGCACUCCAGCCGCAAUCCAAAUCAAGGUCUUGAAGCGAAUUGUCUUCGACAUAGUCAGCUUCGUAACGGGAGGCUCGUCGGAUACUGCCUAUUAUCUUUCCAAAAUACCUCGCUACCUUUACUGUAUGUUCUUGAUUGCCACAUCGUCUGAACCUGCGGGGACCGAAUUGGCAGAUGGAGCUGUGAUGACCGACUUUCUGCUUGCCGAGAAAGUGCUCGAUCAGAUACACACAAUGGCGGAACGUGAGGCAAGCAAGGACGAUAAUGAUGACGGCAAGUUUCAAGUUUACCAAACGGAGACUGAGCACUAUUUCAUUGGCGGAAAGAACCCCUUCCCAUCUCUAGAGCUGGAACAGGUUGCACGCUUGGCCUUCAAUAGGGCUGCUGAUUUCUACUCCACUGGUGAAGACGAAAUAUGCUUCCGCUGGGCGCAUAAGGCUAUCGAUCUUGCUCGGCUUGUUCCAGGUGUGGCGGGCGAGACACUUGUUCAGGAAUUGGAGGAACGGCUGGAGCUUCUGGACUAA